AUGCAGGAAACAGUUGCAGAAGAAGAAGAAGAAGAAGAAGAAGAAGAAGAAGAAGAAGAAGAGACGCUCACCUUGUCCCUGAGCUCCAUGCCGAUCAUCAGGGUGGUGGGGAACAUGGUGGAGAGCUUCACGAGGAGCCCGCCGAAGCCACAGCCGAUGUCGGCGAAGCGGAUCUUUGGGGCAGUGGCGGUGGCGGCGGCCGCAGUGGAGGGGAAGAAGGAGGGGAAGUGCUGGGCGUAAUCCACGUCAGAGGGGCGGAUGGGGAUUGGGAAGUGGGAAUCGCUGAGGGGGUUGCUGUGGGCCCGCGCUCUGUAGAAACGCUUCCUGGGCAGCCGCCCCGAGUGGCUGUUUGUCUCCAGCAUUAUCGUUGUCCUUCUUCUUCUUCUAAUCGAGGCCGGAAUCCCCGAUGAAGCUCAGAACCUGCAACAGAAGCUCAUCUCAUGAAUUCAGCCCUCUCUCUCUCUCUCUCUCUCUCUCUCUCGCUAACUCAGAAAACCCAUCAUCAGAACACAAUGCGGAAACCACGAUACAUUACACCUGCUGCAUCUUGAAGACGAUGCUCAUACGAAAUGGAUGAAUUUUUAUUUUUUUUUCCUAGAUGGAUGGUGAAGUAACAUGGUAACAUGGCGGGAGAGGAGGACAGCGCGGAAGGCAGGGUAAAUGGAGGAAGAAGAAGAAAUGAGACGGAUCCGCUCCGUCAUUGAUCUCCUCAUCAUCAUCAUCAUCAUCAUCACCAUGGUCAGCAAGAGAGAUCCCCCCUGAACUUCAGAAGAGAGGACAAACACCGUUGUGGAGGCUCGCUUGCUCGGAAAUAAAUAACAAUUAGAUGGUUUCUUCUCUUUAUAAUCCAUCGAGCUCAUCAAUGAAUAAAGCAAACACAGGCUGCUUGAGCAACUGCCAGGGAGCAAGCGGGUUGACUCUGAUGUGAAAAGUAAGCGCCAGAGAGUGGGUUGACUCUGAUGCAAAAAGGAAGUGCAUUCGGGAAAAUCAUCAUUCGGUUCAACAGAGCGGCAUUUUUCAAAAAAAAAAAUGAAAAAUCACGUCUGUACUAGUUUAAAUGCAUGAUAUGCAUUUGACCCAGAUGCCAGCCGUAGUAGAAACUAGAACUUCUACAUCCCCAGGAAAAAAAAUAAAAAUUAGAACUUAGUGAAGUCAACUACAUUGGGGGAGACCAAGCAUCGCCACGAAGUCGAGAUACUUGAACUGAAGGAAAAUCUCACGAGCCCAUCAAUGAAUUUACCCGUUACGACUUUGGUUACGAAGUACAUGUCACCCACAGCUUUUUUUCACAGGAAGACAGAUUGGGGUCCCGUCACAGCUUGAAGAAACCUAGAAUGCUUUCAUCCGAGUCUCAAGGGGGCAAGAAUACCUCGCAGGGAUCCCAUCGCGGAGGGAGGAAACACAUAGCCUGAUGGGCUUCAAAGAAUAGGAGGAAGUGA